UGGAAGUUUUCUUUGAUUGGGCAAAGGCAAUAAAAGCAGCUGCAACCUGUGAGAAGGUAUAUUUUCAACUCGACAGUAGACGCCACGAGAACACUAUGGAGUUUCCACAUUUGGGCCAGCAUUGCAGCGAGCAGACAUGCAACAGAUUGGAUUUCCUACCUGUCAAGUGUGACUCAUGCGACAAGGUAUUUUGCGCCUCCCACUACAACUACGAUCGUCACAAUUGUCCCGGAGCGUACAAGAAAAAUGUCCAGGUGCCCAUCUGUCCGCUCUGUCAUGAGCCAGUGCCCACAGCGCCUGGCGUGGAACCUGACCUAACAGUUGGCCAACACAUUGACAAGCAAUGCAAAUCGGAGAGCAAGAAAAUCUAUACAAAUCGCUGCCAUGCCAAAGGUUGUAAACGCAAGGAACUCAUUCCUGUGAAAUGUACACAGUGCCACUUGAACUUCUGUCUACGUCACCGUCAUACCAGCGACCACGAAUGCAGGCCAAAUGAGCCCACGCCAGCAGCGCCCAGUGGAGCCAGUGGAGUUUUUCAAUCUAUAUUCAAGUCAUCCACUGACGCACGAUCGAAUGCGGCUAAAGCAGCGGAAAGUCGUCGUCAGAAUAAGCCAGCAAACAACCUGUUCAACUCAAAUCCCAGACCAAGACCAGUGCAGGCCGCACAAGUUCAAAAUAUACAGGGAAAUAUGACUGAAGACGAGGCUCUGGCACGGGCGCUAGCCUUAUCAAUAAUGGAACAGGAUGACGCUGCGGAACUGGAUCGUAACCGCCAGACACCAGCCCAGAACAACGCACCGGGUGUUACUGUGGGCGGGCAGCAAUCAAAUGCCAAGGACAAGUGUUCGCUGUCCUAGUUACAGAAUCUUACGAGUACAACUCUCGACAUAUCCAUCACUUGACCAGCAGCAAAGCAAGGAAUCUGCCCCAACUACUAUUAGAGAAUAUUCGAACUAUUUGCUUAUUGUUAUUGUUCUCGUAAUGUUUUGUUGAUAAUUUACUUCGACUUCGUCACAUUCUACGUGGUUUAGCAAAAAUAAAUCAAUGUUAAUUCUA